CUGCCCGCCGGGGAGCCCCGGGGGAGCCCCGUGCGGGCGGAACGCGGCCCCGCGGCCCGGCGGGGAGGGAAGGGGAGGCCGGGCCGGUCCCUUCCGCCGGGGCCGGGCUUCCGGGCGGUCAGGUGACGGCGGCCGCUGGCAGGGGAGCGGCUCCGCGGCUCGGGGGAGCGGCGGCACCCCGUGUGUAACAGUGUCUGGCAUUUGUGAGGUUGAAUUAUUGUUCACCUGCUCUGUUUGCAAUGGAAUUUUUUGUAUGCUUUAACUUGUGGUGGAAACUCUCCCAGUCUGUCUUGAACAGUUUUUCUUGUAUUUUUAGAGUCAGUUGGAUUAUAUUUUAUGAGAAAGCUUUUGAUAGUAACAGCUAGAGAUGCUGAGGGUUUAUUUUGCUGCUCCACUCCUGUGCUUCAGCACUGCUACAAAGAGGGAAGGCUGAGGAAGCUUUUAAAGCUUGUGGGGAUUCCAACAGGAAAAUUUUCUUGAUCUUGUGUCUGCGCAGCUCCUCAGGAUGGCAAGUAAAGGACCCACGACUUCCACAUCAACAAAGAGCUCCAGUACUGGAGGGACCAGUGGAAGCAGUAGCAGUAAUGGUGCUGGGGAAAAUGCAAAUCAGGACAACACUUUUGAAUGUAACAUCUGUUUAGACACUGCCAAGGAUGCAGUUAUCAGCUUGUGUGGACAUCUCUUCUGUCCUGGGAAUGCUCACAGUUGGCCUUGUUUACACCAGUGGCUAGAAACCAGGCCAAACAGACAAGUAUGCCCUGUGUGCAAAGCAGGAAUCAGUCGAGAUAAAGUUAUUCCUCUCUAUGGAAGAGGCAGCACUGGACAACAGGACCCCAGAGAGAAAACUCCGCCACGACCCCAAGGACAGAGACCUGAACCAGAGAACAGAGGGGGAUUCCAGGGCUUUGGGUUUGGGGAUGGUGGCUUCCAAAUGUCAUUCGGAAUUGGGGCGUUUCCCUUUGGUAUAUUUGCCACAGCGUUCAACAUAAACGACGGGCGACCUCCUCCAGCUGUUCCAGGGACUCCUCAAUAUGUGGAUGAGCAGUUCCUAUCCCGCCUCUUCCUGUUUGUGGCUCUGGUGAUAAUGUUCUGGCUGUUGAUUGCAUAAAUCUCUUCCAUUAUUCUGUAUAUUCAUGGCCGGCAAGGCCAGUGAAACAGUUACAAACUGCAUCCCCAUUCCCAUUUUAAACCUCUUGGUGUCUGGUUCCAUAGCUAACCAUGGGUUUCAGAAGUCGGUGGUACCACAGCACAGUGAAGAAUCUUGCAUUUUGCACCAGAGUUGGAAAUUAAACAUUGGUUAAAAAUUGUAUUUCAGCUCAGCUGUCUUGUACAACAGGUUCCUGCCACAAACCAUGGGCCUAGCUUUGAGCUCUGCUCCUAAAAGGAGUGCUGCUUUGAAAUCCUGUGCCAAGCAGUUACAACAGGUUCAUGUGAAAGACAGUUGCCCCAACGUAGGCUGGACAGGUAAGGAAACUUCUGCAGUGUGAACAGCAUCUCGUGCUUGACAAAUGUGACGGAUCUGCCAGAGCUGUGGGUGUUACUCCUUGUCUUCACAUCAGCAUCCGGCCUUCUUCAGGACAUCAUCUGCAGCACUGCUGGGGAUCCUUGGCACAGCACAUGAUGCAAAUGGAACCAGGCAUGGAGACUGGUUUCUUUUCUUGCCGUUUUUUUCCCAGAGUGAUGGAAAACUCCUGCCUGAAGCAGCUCAAAUGGCUGUUAGAAGGGAUACAAAUUUAUGCUGCAAUUUUUUAAAGCCUGAAUUUGCUGGAGCCAGACACUGGAAGAUUCUCUGGUGAAGCCGGGUGGGGAGGCCGAACAGUAUGACAUACCUGUCUGCCUCCCGAGCCCCGCUCCCUACUGACAAAACAGUGUUGUCUUCCUUGGUUCUGUGCAGCAGCCUGUGGCUGCACUUACGGAUAAUCCCCUCACAACCUUGCCACCGUAACUACAUUUCUUUUUCCCAGGGCUGUGAGACUUUCUACGCAAGGUCAGGUACUCCAAAUAAAAUCCUGUAACAGACCUGAGAUCAGCUUGUUUGGGGAGAGGAGCAAGGGGCAUCUUUAAGUGAGCUUUGAGCUUAAAUUUGUCAAACUGUAAAAUUAUACAGGAGGAAAAAUGAGAUACUGCCUCUGCUGGCACGUGCCACAGUAGGGAACGUUUGGAAGAGCUUCUCUCUGCACCCGUGUACAACUACAACACACCACAACAGAAUGGCUCUUGUGCGAGAGUCCCUGCAGUAUCUACCAAAGAUAUUCAUUUGAAGUGCUGGAGGAGACAACCAUUUGUGUGCUGAGGGGAAAAUAUUUCAGAAGGUGAGCACUCUGUAGCCUCUUCAGAAUCCUGUUGGGUAUACAGCUUUAAAAAGUAUUCCUGAUGUAUUUGUAUAGAUUCCUUCAGAACAGCAGAUACGAUGGAUUUCCUAACAAGAUGAACAAUUUUGAUAUUUCUCUGACGAGGCAAUUCCAUGUUUUUCUUUUACUGUUUUUAGAUUGUUUUGAUUCAGAUCACCGAUAGUCAUAAUGAUUUCCUGCAAGGUGAAUAUUGUGACUUCCCUCACAACAGACAUACGACUUACAAAACAAAUCAACUCAUAGAAACUUUGUUUCGAUAGUUAGACUUUUUCUCAUGUGUACGGAUAAGGUAUGUGUACGGGCAGGGCACUUUGAUUAAUUGUUGUAGAAGCUUAUUUAUGUAACUAUAAAAUGUUUACUUUGA